CAGCCAAUCACAGCCGGAGGGGGCGUGGCCUGUGCGUCCCAGGACGAAACUUGAUUCUUUUGUCCCAACUUUGUGUUCGCUGGUUUCUGAGUCCGGACCGGGCCGCUGGAGGACCGGGACCCGCAGAGACCGGGUCGGGACGACCUGCUGCUCCUCUGCGCGCGCGUGUGUGUGUUUUUGUGUGUUUUUGUGUGUCUGUGUGUGUUUGUUUCGGGACCCUCCAGCCGACACACCGACCCUCCUCCGCUCACCAGGCCGCCUUUCAGAGCUCAUCUCCCGGACUCAGGGAUAGCCACGCCCCGCUGUCUCUCCCGGAGGAGAUAAAGUUUCGGAAUGUCGGAGGGAGAGAGAGAGAGAGAGAAAGAAAGAGAGAGAAAGGUAUGAGAGAGUGAGAGAGAGAGAGAGUGAGAGGGUGAGGGUGAGAGAGAGAGGGAGAGAGAGAGAGGGAGCCCCUCUGCCGCUGGACUCUUCCCGUUGGACGGCGUCCAUCUUGAACUCUUUGAUUCUUUGAAGAGUUUCUGGCUCUCGGGCUCGAUGGGGGGCGCGCGGCCCGCUGAGUGCGCGCGCCACUGACGUCAUCGGCCAGGGCUCGAUGGUCCGGGUCCGGGUCUGGAUGGAGGCCCAGAGGGGUCCCGGGGCCUCCUCCUCCUCCUCCUCCUCUACCUGCCGGCUCCCGCUGCUCCUCCUGCCGCUGCUGCUGCUGAGCUGCUGCGGAGGAGAAGAAGAGGUCCUCCUGAACACUAAGCUGGAGACAUCAGAUUUGGGGUGGACCAACCAUCCGGCUGAAGACCCUCAGUGGGAGGAGCUGAGUGGCCUGGACGAGGAGGCCACCAGCGUGAGGACCUAUGAGAUCUGCACGCCGGACAGCCCGUCCUCCUAUUGGCUGAGGACCCGCUGGAUCCCGCGCCGCGCGGCGAGCGUGGUGUACGUGGAGAUCCGCUUCACCAUGAUGGAGUGCGCCAGUCUGAACCGGCGCCACUGCAAGGAGACCUUUGACCUCUACAGCUACCAGAGCGACCACGACGAGGCCACGCCCACCCACCCGGCCUGGAUGGAGACGCCGUACGCCAAGGUGUCCACGCUGGCGGCCGAGCAGCUGAUGACCCGCAGCGAGCGGCGCUCCAACCUGCGGCUGCUGCGGCUGCCGCGGCUGCGGGGGGCGGGGCUCUACCUGGCCUUCCGCAGCCAGGGCGCCUGCAUGGCGCUGCUCGCCGUGCGCGUCUUCUACAGGAAGUGCCCCCCCCUGCGCCGCGCCUUCGCCCACUUCCCCGAGACCGUCCCCCACUCCCUGGUGGAGCAGGCUCAAGGUGUGUGUGUGGAGAACGCUGUGACUCCGCCCGGCGAGCAAUCUCAACCUCCCAGCAUGCUUUGCGGUGAGGACGGGCAGUGGGUGGGGCAGCCGACCUCCAGCUGCUCCUGUCGCCCUGGAUACGAGGCGGGAGAAAGCAACGUGCGCUGUCGAGCCUGUCCCUCGGGUCAGUUCAAGGCGGGUCCAGGCCCGGGGGUCUGCGUCCCGUGUCCAGACCGGAGCAACACGCUGGUUCCAGGCUCCGCCUACUGCCUCUGUCACCCCGGUUACCGGCGAGCUGACUCCGACCCGCCGCACGCCUCCUGCACACGCCCCCCCUCGGCCCCCCGCUCCAUCGUGAGCCAGAUCAACGAGUCCUCCGUCACUCUGGAGUGGAGCGAGCCGCUGGACCGGGGAGGACGGACAGACCUGGUCUACAGAGUCCUCUGCUCCCAAUGUGGGCCCGCAUCCCAGGGAUUGGCUGCCCUCUGCUCGCCGUGUGGCGAUGGCGUGCUGUACCGCCCGGCGCAGCGAGGCCUGACCGGGCGCCGCGUGUCUGUGUGGGGACUCCGCCCACACGCCCACUACACCUUCACCGUCCAAUCGCUGAACGGCGUCUCUGCUCUCAGCCAAUCGGAGCCGGCCUCCGACCGAGUCAACGUCACCACCAGCAGAGACGUUCCUCCUCCGGUGUCCGGCCUCAGGAGGGCGGCGGCCUCAGAGUCCAGUCUGACGCUCCAGUGGACUGGACCCCUGCUGCAGGACCAGAACCAGGUCCUGGACUACCAGCUCCGCUACUGCCCCAAGGAGGGCGAGGAGGCGGGGCAGUGGCAGUACGUGUCCAGCAGGUCUUCUUCGGUGGUGCUGACGGGGCUGCGGCGGGCGGCGAGGUACCGGGUUCAGGUCCGAGCCCGGUCUCAGGCCGGGUACGGGUCCUUCAGCCCGGAGGGGGGCUUCACCACAAUGCCUGAUGGUGUCAGGUCUCAUCUGCUGGUGACGGUUCUCGUUUCCAUCGGGGUUCUGAUGCUCAUCGCCAUGGUGAUCCUGGUUUUGUACUGUCACCGCAGGAGGGUGAAGGCCUCUGAACUCAGUGAUAGAAGAGGACACUACCAGAUGGGACAGACGAUGAAGGUGUACAUCGACCCCUUUACCUACGAGGACCCCAACGAGGCCGUGAGGGAGUUCGCCAAAGAGAUCGAGGCGUCCUUCGUGAAGAUAGAGGAGGUGAUCGGAGCAGGUGAGUUCGGCGAGGUGUGUCGGGGCCGGCUGCGGUUGCCGGGCAGGACGGAGAGCUGCGUGGCCAUCAAGACGCUGAAGGGCUUCACGGAGCAGCAGAGGCGGAGCUUCCUGUCCGAGGCGUCCAUCAUGGGGCAGUUCCAGCACCCCAACAUCAUCCGGCUGGAGGGCGUCGUCACGGCGACCUGCCCCGCCAUGAUCCUCACGGAGUUCAUGGAGAACGGAGCGCUGGACAGCUUCCUGAGGGUGAACGACGGGCAGUUCACGCCGCUGCAGCUGGUGGGCGUGCUGCGCGGCGUGGCGGCCGGCAUGCAGUACCUGGCGGCCAUGAGCUUCGUGCACCGAGACCUGGCGGCCCGCAACAUCCUGGUCAACGGGAACCUGGUCUGCAAGGUGUCAGAUUUCGGGCUCAGCAGGUUUCUGACUGAGAACUCUUCCGACCCGACGUACACCAGCUCUCUGGGAGGGAAGAUUCCUAUUCGCUGGACGGCCCCUGAAGCCAUCGCCUACAGGAAGUUCACCUCCGCCAGCGACGGGUGGAGCUACGGCAUCGUGAUGUGGGAGGUGAUGUCCUACGGGGAGCGGCCCUACUGGGACAUGAGCAACCAGGACGUGAUCAACGCCAUCGAGCAGGACUUCCGGCUGCCCCCCCCCCCCGCCUGCCCCUCCCCCCUCCACGCCCUCAUGCUGGACUGCUGGCAGAAGGAACGAGCCAAUCGGCCACGGUUCAGCGACGUGGUGUCGGCUCUCGAUAGGCUGAUCCGAAACCCCGCCUCCCUGAAGGUGACGCUCCCGGAGGGCCGCAGCCUGUCCCAGCCCCUGCUGGACCCCCGCCUCCCCCCCUCCCCGGCCUCCUGCGGCUCCGUCUCCGAGUGGCUCCGGGCCCUGAAGAUGGAGCGCUACGAGCAGAACUUCCUCCAGAUGGGACUCGGCAGCCUGGAGGCAGUGAGACAGCUGGGGACAGACGACCUGCUCAGAGUGGGCGUGACUCUCGCCGGACACCAAAAGAAAAUCCUGUCCUCCGUCCAGACGCGCCUGGUCCACGAAGCUUCGCCCACUCUCCUCUACUGACCAAUCGCAGCCCUGUCUUGAGCCACUACCCACGGGGACGCUGAGCCAACUCUUUGUAACCACUGAACAUUUUUGACCAAUCAGAGACCGGAGGACCGCUGAGGCCCCGCCUCCUAUUGGUCAGACCAAUGAGACGGUGAAGCUUCAUUGUGUUUGACUCGGGGCAACAGGACUCCGCUCCCUUCUUAAUCAGACCAAUCGCAGUUGAGGACAGAGUUCACCACGGUGAGCUCCUGAUUGGUCAUCCGCUGCUCAGGAAACCUAAGCUCCUCCCACUUGGCCAGGCAUUAUCAUCCUCCAAACCCUGGAAUUACCGGCCAAUCGGCAUCCGGCACAGCAGGCGCCGGCCUCUCAUUGGUCAGAUGUUUUGGCCCUGCUGCUGUCAGGGAGCUCAGCCGGUCCAACGGGCCAGUUCUGGUUCUGCUGGUUUAGGGAUCAGCGUUAACGGAUCUGAAGGGAAUCCUGCCCUCUAGUGGAGGCUGUCGGGACUGCGCCGCCGGUCCUAACAGCGUAACCAUGGAAACCUCAACCACAGGAAGUCCAGAAGGCUCCAUGAGGGACACAGGAUGGGUCCACGCGGUCUGGAGACCUCAAGCCCUCCUGAGCCGCGAUAUUAUGGGAUGGCCUCCGAGCUGUGGUCCUUCAGGUGAGGGGGCGUUCAGGGACUUAAGCGUACAGAACUUUGAGAAGGACUACGAGUGGUGGGUCCCUGUAAAGUACUCCGUGCAUCUCGUUGAGGACCUGGUCCUGUUGAACCCUGAGGUGAAGCCAUCAUGGAACACGAACUGGUCCAGAACCGGUCCUCUUCGUCCAUUGGAAGGACGAUGAGGGUCUGAACAGGUCUCCGGACCCGGACCCAGGACUGGAUUUGUAAACCGAUGCUUUUGUAUUUGAGCACUUUUUGUACCCACGUUUAAAAUGUUUAUAAAGUCAUUUUGUAAAGAAAAGCCUGAGAUCAAAGAGGUCUGAUGAAGACCAGGUCUACAGCUGGUCCAGGUCUGAUGAAGACCAGGUCUACAGCUGGACCAGGUCUGAUGAAGACCAGCUGAGUCUCUCUGGUCCUUCAGGGAAUCCGUUGUCACGGAACUCUGUCAGCCAAUCACAAUAAAGAUGAACGUCUGGA